GCCCCGUUGGGUUAACUGACCGGUCCUGCUUUGGGGGCCCCACCGCAGCCUGUGUCCCUGGACGGUCUAUGUUAGAUCCCCCCCCGACGCCCACCGGUGCUCAGCCGAGCCCCCCCGCCUGGCCAUGAGCGAUUUGGAGCUGCUGUUGCCGGGACAGGCUGACACACUGGUGCGGGGUCUCCGCAGUUUCCCUCUCCGCGAAUUUGGCUCCGGAGGGUGGAAUCAACAGCAUGAAAACCUGGAGAAGCUGAACAUGCAAGCGAUCCUGGAUGCCUCAGGUGGCCAGGGCGAGCCCAUCCAGGAGCUGCUGGUCACCCACGGAAAGAUCCCCAUCCUGGUGGAGGAACUGAUCACAGUGGAGAUGUGGAAACAAAAGGUGUUCCCCGUGCUGUGCAGGCUGGAGGACUUCAAGCCCCAGAACACCUUCCCCAUAUACAUGGUGGUGCACCACGAGGCUUCCAUCGCCAACCUCCUGGAGACAGUGUUCUUUCACAAGGAGGUGUGUGAGUCAGCAGAGGACACCAUCUUGGACCUGGUAGAUUACUGUCACCGUAAACUGACUCUGCUGGUGGCCCGGAGUGGCCAUUGUAUGCCUCCUGAGGAGGCGGGGUCUCAGGACAGCACCCCCAUGCAGGAGCUGCAGAAGCAGGCAGAGUUGAUGGAAUUUGAGAUUGCGCUGAAGGCCCUCUCGGUGCUGCGCUAUAUCACAGACUGCGUGGACAGCCUUUCCCUGAGCACGCUGAGUCGCAUGCUCAGCACCCACAACCUGCCCUGCCUCCUGGUGGAGCUGCUGGAGCACAGUCCCUGGAGCCGCAGGCAGGAAGGAGGCAAGCUGCAGAGAUUUGAAGAGGGCCGUUGGCAGACAGUAGCCCCCUCAGAGCAGCAAAAGCUAAGCAAACUGGACGGGCAGGUGUGGAUCGCCCUGUACAACCUGCUGCUGAGUCCUGAAGCCUGGGCCCGCUACUGCCUCACAAGCUUUGCCAAGGGUCAGCUGCUCAAGCUCAGGGCCUUCCUCACGGACACACUGCUUGACCAGUUGCCCAAUCUGGCAGACCUGCAGAAUUUCCUGGCCCGCCUGGCCCUGGCUGAAACUCAGACCCCCAAGAAGGACCUGGUGUUGGAACAGAUCCCAGAAAUCUGGGAGCGCUUGGAGCAAGAGAACAGAGGCAGGUGGCAGGCGAUCGCCAAGCAUCAGCUGCGACACGUGUUCAGCCCCUCCGAGCAGGAACUGAGAAUGCAGGCACGGAGGUGGGCUGAGACCUAUCGGCUGGACGUGCUAGAGGCAAUGGCACCAGAGCGGCCCCGCUGUGGCUACUGCCACGCCGAGGCCUCCAAACGCUGUUCGCGGUGCCAGAGCGAGUGGUACUGCUGCAGGGAGUGUCAAGUCAAGCACUGGGAGAAACACGGAAAGGCGUGUGUCCUGGCAGCUCAGGGUGACAGAGCCAAGUGAGGGCAGCGCCCGCCGAGCGGAACGCACACCCACUCCUCCCGCCAGCCCACCCUUGAACCUCAACCCCUCUGCCUAGCCCCGGACGCCUGCGCCCGCGGGGGAAAGUGGACAGAGGAGAGCUGCUGACCCCUCCCCCCGCGCAACGCUUCCUGCCCCACCCUGGAGGGGCCCAUUGCUGCUGCCUCAGCAAGUGUGGGGCUGGAGCGCUGAGGCGGCGAAGGCCGGAUGUGGGGGGACCCUCUUCCUCGACCUAGCCCAGUAAAGCUCGU